ACGUUUGUUUGGAUUUUUUGUUGGGUGUGGGAUAUUAACAAAUAUUUUUUUAUUUUUACAUUAAAGAAAACUUCAGUUUAAACUAGAAAUGGGGGCUAGAAAUAAAAAUAGUAAAUUUGCGGUUGCUUUUACAACAAUUGGAUUUAUUUUAAUUUUAAUAGCUUUCGUUUCUCCUUAUUGGUUGGUUACAGAUGGAAGAUUGGUUGCACCAAAAUUUCUAAAUUUAGGUUUGUGGGAAGUUUGUUUUAAUAAUUUUCAAGAUGUACAUCGAUUUUAUGAUACGAGGUUUACAGGAUGCAUGUGGGUUUUUGAGGAGGAAUAUUAUAUUAUUCACGAUUUCCUAUUGCCAGGAUUUUAUGUUGCAGUUCAAUUCUUUUUUACUCUUUGUUUUACAUUGGAUUUAAUAGCAAUAUUAGUAACACUGGUAUUUUUAAAAUCACCGCGAGAUGAUGACCGAUAUGUUUUCAUUUUGUUAACGAAUGGAGCUACUCAAUUAUUUGCUGCUUUUUGUGGUCUUAUUGCUGUUAUUAUAUUUGGAGCUCGGGGUGAUGGUAGAGAUUGGAUGCCCAAUUGGCAGAAUAAUAACAUGGGCUGGGCUUUUGCUUUUGCGUGCAUAGGAGUAUUGUUUUUGAUCCCAGCAGGUGUUUUAUUUAUUGUAGAAGCGAGACGAGAACGGUACAAGCGUUUAAAUGAAAUUGGAACACGUGAGGCAAGCGCUUAUACAAUAGAUGAACAUGCAAGAAAAUACAGAGGAAGUAUUCAUACCGAUAUUUAAGAUUUGUUUUUAGUUUAAAAAUUUCAAUAUGCAUAGUUUAUAGCUUUUUAUUCCGUCUUUUUUUAAUAACAUUCCGUCCAUUUUGUGAAAGUUGUACCUAUAAACUGUAUUCGAAUAACGAUCUAUUGAUAGAAAUCAUAGAAAUAUUUUUUAGUAUUCUUUAUUGUAUAUUAUAAACUUGGAAUUUUUUUACAUAUUUUUAAGUAAAAACCAAAUGUUUAUAUUUUUAUUAAAUAAAAACUAAACUGACUUUUCCACA